AUGGGUGGCGUAGCAGGCGCCAAGAAGGCGGCGGUCAUGUCAGUGUUCAUGCACGCGGAUGCCAUGGACAUGGCGCUGAUGGCGGUGGGCCUGGUGGGCGCCAUCGGCGAUGGCUUAUCGACACCGGUGAAGCUGCUCAUCACCGGCUUCAUCAUCAACGACCUCGGCAACAGCGGCCCGGAACACCUCCAGGAGUUGAGCUCCAAGAUGGACGAGAAUGCGAGGAACCUUGUCUUCUUGGCGUUGGGCAGCUGGGUCAUGGCGUUCCUAGAGGGGUAUUGCUGGUCACGGACGGCGGAGCGGCAGGCGUCGCGGAUGCGUGCACGCUACCUGGCAGCGGUGCUCCGGCAGGACGUGGAGUACUUUGACCUCAAGGUGGGGUCGACAGCGGACGUGAUUGCCAGCGUCUCCAACGACAGCCUGGUGGUGCAGGAUGUGCUGAGCGAGAAGGUGCCCAACCUGGUGAUGAACGCCGCCACCUUCGUUGGCAGCUACGCUGCCGGCUUUGCGCUAGUGUGGCAGCUAACCCUGGUGACGCUGCCUUCGAUCCUGCUCCUCGUCGUCCCGGGGUUCAUGUACGGCCGCAUCCUCAUGGGCCUCGCACGCCGGAUCAGGGAGCAGUACACGCGCCCGGGUGCCAUCGCCGAACAGGCUAUCUCGUCCGUGCGCACCGUGUGCUCCUUCGCCGCGGAGCGUGCCACCAUGGUGCAGUUCUCGGCGGCGCUCGGGGAGUCGGCGCGACUAGGGAUCAAACAAGGGCUCGCCAAGGGCAUCACCAUCGGCAGCAACGGCGUCACCUUUGCCAUCUGGGCCUUCAGCGUUUGGUACGGCAGCCGCCUCGUCAUGUACCAUGGCUACCAGGGCGGCACCGUCUCCGCGGUCUCCGCCGCUGCCGUCGUCGGUGGCCUGGCACUCGGGUCGGGGUUGUCGAACCUCAAGUACCUGUCGGAGGCGAGCGCGGCGGGGGAGAGGGUGCUGGAGGUGAUCAGGCGGGUGCCCAAGAUCGACUCGGGCAGCGACACGGGGGAGGAACUUCUCAACGUUGCCGGUGAGGUGGAGUUCAAGAACGUGGAGUUCUGCUACCCAUCGCGGCCAGAGAGCCCCAUCUUCGCCAACUUCAGCCUGCGCGUGCCGGCAGGUUGCACGGCGGCGCUUGUAGGCAGCAGCGGGUCCGGCAAGUCCACAGUGGUGGCACUGCUAGAGAGGUUCUAUGACCCGUCGGCCGGCGAGGUGGCGCUGGACGGCGUGGACAUCCGGCGGCUGCGGCUCAAGUGGCUGCGCGCGCAGAUGGGGCUUGUUAGCCAGGAGCCGGCGCUCUUCGCUACGACCAUCAUGGAGAACAUACUAGUUGGCAAAGAGGACGCCACGCCGGAGGAGGUCACCGCCGCCACCAAGGCCGCCAAUGCACAUAACUUCAUCUCCCAGCUGCCUCAAGGGUACGACACUCAGGUGGGUGAGCGUGGUGUCCAAAUGUCUGGAGGGCAGAAGCAGAGGAUUGCUAUAGCCAGAGCAAUCCUAAAGUCACCCAAGAUCCUCCUCCUUGAUGAAGCCACCAGUGCGUUGGAUACAGAGUCAGAGCGUGUCGUACAGGAGGCACUCGACCUGGCCUCCUUGGGUCGGACAACUUUCGUCAUUGCCCAUCGCCUCUCCACUAUCCGCAAUGCUGGCAUGAUUGCUGUCAUGCAGCAUGGUGAGGUCAAGGAGCUAGGCUCCCACGACGAGCUCAUUGCUGAUGAGAAUGGCCUCUACUCAUCGCUUGUUCGCCUUCAGCAGACUAGAGACUCAAAUGAGGUUGAUGAGGUUAGUGGAGCUGGCAGUACUUCCGUUGUGAGGCAGUCCAGCAGCCACGACAUCAGCAGGAGAUUCUCCUUGGCUAGCAGGUCCAGUUCAGACGGGUCAGUAGGUAAUGCUGACAGCAUUGAGGAGCCAAAGCUUCCUCCGCCAUCCUUCAGAAGGCUGCUCAUGCUUAACGCACCAGAGUGGAGGCAGGCGCUUAUGGGAAGCUUGAGUGCAGUUGUGUAUGGAGGCAUCCAACCUGCUUAUGCAUACGCCAUGGGAAACAUGAUAUCGGUCUAUUUCUUGACAGAUCACGACGAGAUCAAGGACAAAACAAGAAAGUAUGCACUCACCUUCAUCGCUCUUGCGGUGCUCUCGUUCUUGCUCAAUAUUGGACAACAUUACAACUUCUGUGCCAUGGGAGAAUACCUCACCAAGAGGGUCAGGGAACAGAUGCUCAGGAAAAUCCUCACUUUCGAGAUCGGAUGGUUCGACCGCGAUGAGAACUCCAGUGGUGCCAUAUGCUCACAGCUUGCCAAGGAUGCCAACGUUGUAAGUAGAAGACAACAAAAUUAA